AACAUGGAGCCAGGAAAUCAAACACAUAUUUUAGAAUUCUUACUUCUAGGAUUUUCCCAGGACUCAGCGCAUCAACUGAUGCUAUUUGGAGUGUUCCUGUCCAUGUACUUGGUCACAGUGCUUGGGAACCUACUCAUCAUCCUGGCCAUCAUCUCUGACUCCCACCUCCACACGCCCAUGUACUUCUUCCUCUGUAAUCUGUCCUUCGCUGACCUCUGUUUCACCUCUACAACUAUUCCAAAGUUACUGAUGAACAUCCAGACACAGAGCAAAUCCAUCACUUAUGCAGGCUGCAUCACACAGAUGUAUUUUUUCAUGGUCUUUGGAGCCAUGGACUCAUUUCUCCUCACUGCAAUGGCCUAUGACCGCUUUGUGGCCAUCUGUCACCCUCUACACUACCCAGCCAUCAUGAACCCCCAUCUGUGUGACCUACUGGUUCUUGUGUGCUGGUUCAUCAGCUUGAUCUACUCUCUGAUCCAAAGUCUGUUGAUGUUGCGUCUGUCCUUCUGUAGCAGUUGGGAAAUUAAACACUUUUACUGUGAACUUGCUCAGGCCCUCACACUUGCCUGUUCAGACACACUGGUCAAUUAUGUCCUGCUGUAUAUGGUGACUGGCCUUCUUGGUUUCAUUCCCUUAUCAGGAAUCCUUUUCUCUUAUACCCAAAUUGUUUCAUCCAUCAUGAGAAUCUCAUCAACAGAUGGAAAAUAUAAAGCCUUUUCUACCUGUGGGUCUCAUCUAUCUGUUGUUUCCUUGUUCUAUGGGACAGGCUUUGGUGUGUACCUCAGUUCUGAUCCAACAUCUUCCUGGAAAGGCAUGAUGGCCUCAGUGAUGUACACAGUGGUCACUCCCAUGCUGAACCCUUUCAUCUACAGCCUGAGGAACAGAGACAUUAAGAGAGCACUACAAAGAAUUCUCACUGGGAGCAUAUUAGGAAAAAGAAAGGGGAUCAUAAGAAGGGGUGAAACAAGGGCCAGGAGAAAACUGGAGGGUGGAAAUGGUCAAAUGGCACACAGCCUUCAGAGCAAGUCCCAACCCCUUCCAAAGCCCGCGUUUCCAACGCCCGGGUGCACAGAGUCAGCCGCCACCUCAGAGCCUCCCGGGCGACCCAAUCCCCAGCCCCGAAGGCCCCGCCCCUUGCGCCACUCGCCGCCGGGCAGCCGCGAGCCGAAGCGCGGUUCUGCGCGUGCGCGGGGCGCCGUCCUGUCACCUUGCGUCUGCGGCAGCCAUGUCACCCUGCGUCUCUGUAAGCGUCUGAAGUAA